AUGGGUUCGGGGCUCGCCGAGGCCUCUGCAUACCGCUGUAUGCGAGCACCCUUCGCACGCUCCAACCUCGGUCGUCUGAACCCACAGACCGCCCUGGUUCCAGCUGGGAUCCACCCGCUGCCGCUUUGCACGUCAAAGGCCAUUUUGGAAUUUUGUGAGCAGAGCAGACCCAGUGAAAUCCUUCAUCCCUUUGAACUGCAAUCCAGCUCAGAUGACGAUGGGAUCAACUUUGUGAUGCCCAGCCGUGGCCCCCUCUAUGACAAAGUGAUCAGUGGUGAGCCACUCACAUCUUCUUUUAGGCAGAUCAUCGACAUCUUAUUCAGUGCAAUGGCAAAAACAACAUUGUUCCCAACACGUCAUUUUUACAGCAAGGUAACAUCUCUGCUCCUUGAGAAAUACCCACAGCUACGUGAUGUUGUUGGAAGUGGAUCUCACUCCUGGAAAGUAGCACUUCGAAAUAAAUUCAAAAAUCAAAGACGGAAACUUCAAGAUGAUCGUGUGUUGCACAACCGAAGCAAGUUUGGUGCUCAAAGAAAGGCAGCCGCCAGCGAGCUCCAGGAGCAAGAAGCCAAAGGUGCUAGUGAAAUGGCUCCAGCAAGGCUGAGAACAAGGCACAUCCUAGCACUUGCAGUACUGGAUGUUCUUGCAUCAAAUGUGAAAGAGCGAGCAGCAUUGGGAACUCUCUUUGUACCAGAGAAUGAUGACAUUCCAGCAACACCCUGUGUGGCAUUUACUGGUGAUACAGUGCAGAAUGCACAGUUUCUCUUCUUGUUGGUCGACCGGGAGAAAUGUUUUUCAGUAAUGAAUGCAGAAGAGGGGCUUGCAGCAAUCAUGUGCGCAUACUGGUUGUUCAAUCUACUGUAUGACUGCAAAGUAUUUAACACACUUGUGCUUGAGCGGUUUUUUGUGGGCCUUGACCUAACGACACCAAGGUCUGUGGUGACUAAGUUUCUGAACAGAGUUGUUAAAGCUUCAAAUGCUCAGAAUUUCAGCUGA